CUAAGUAUUACUGCAGACACUUGUUGUAUUACAUACUACAAAUUAGCAUUCUAAAUUCUUUAUUAUAUAUAACAACUACUAAGAAUUUUUAAUGAGCGACUCGUUGAGAGUAUAUUAUGAAACAAUUUGAACAAUUUUUUUUAGUAAUUAGUCAUUAUAGUCGGAGAAACUAUCAAUUAAGCUAAAAUGGCUACUACUUCAAAUUCAGAAGAGGAUAUCGCUUGCUUAAAAAGUUAUAUAAAGUCGUAUCCAGAUUUUCCUAUACCAGGCAUUUUAUACAGGGAUAUAUUUUCUGUAUUAAAAAGCAAUGACGGAUUACAACUGUUAAAUAAAAUUUUGAAAAAUUAUGCCGUUGAACUGAAUGGGAAAAUAGACUGCGUAGCCAUGUUAGAAGCUCGAGGCUUUUUGUUGGGCACCCUUAUGGCAGUUCAUCUUAACGUCCCUUGUGUUCCUAUUAGAAAAAAGGGAAAAUUGCCGGGUCGUGUAGAACAAUUGGAAUACACACUAGAAUACGGAAAAGACGUGCUGGAAGUUCAGUUGGACGGCAUCCAAGCGGGUCAAAGGGUUUUGAUCAUCGACGAUUUACUGGCCACCGGUGGCACUCUGAAAGCAGCUAUAGAACUUCUGCAGAAAGCCGGAGCUCAAGCGACUCAAGCUCUGGUCGUGAUAGAACUAUGCGAUUUAGAAGGCCGCAAGAAAGUAGACAUUCCAGUCAAAUCAUUCGUUCAAUAUUAAAUAUAUUUUAAUUAUUAUCAUCAACUUUUGUCAAUUACCACAUCAUUACAUUUUUUCAAUGAAAAUAAUAACUAUUAUGUUUUUUAUGCGUAA